AUGUCACAAUCACCAGAUGAAAUCUAUCAAGAAUUAUUUGACCAUGUACAACGAUCACGUAUAUUUCCUGACUCGAAAACUUUUUGUGAUGUAAUUCCACGUAAACUUCAACCUAAUGAGAUUCUUGAAAACUAUCGAAAAGAAAAAAUAAAGACAACAUUUGAUCUAUCUGCAUUCGUUUUCGAUCAUUUUAUCAUACCAAAUUCAGCAAAUGCUGUUGUUAAUGAAGGCAGAACAACUGAAGAACAUUGUCAUCAUUUAUGGCCACUAUUAACACGAGUAACAACGAAAGAGAAAUUUUCAUCAUUAAUUGAAGUUCCAUAUCCAUUUGUUGUGCCUGGCGGACGUUUUAGAGAAUUCUAUUAUUGGGAUACUUAUUUUACAAUGUUGGGUUUACUCCGAUCAAAUAAACUAGAAUUGUUGAAUAAUAUGUUGGAUAAUUUUGCCUAUUUAAUUCGAACUAUUGGACAUAUUCCAAAUGGAAAUCGAUAUUAUUAUAUGGGUCGAUCUCAACCACCCUAUUUUUCAUUGAUGACGGAAUUAGUAGGAAAAACAGAAAAAUAUAAAGAUGAAUUAGAGAUGGAAUAUCAAUUUUGGAUGACGAAAAGAUCAGUCAAACUUGAUGAUGGAACUAUUCUUAAUCGAUAUUACGAUGAUCUAAGUAAUAAACCAAGACCCGAAGCUUUUCUUGAAGAUACAGAAAUAGGCCAUAAGACGAACAAUCCUAAUAUCUAUGUGAAUUUACGAGCAGCUGCCGAAUCUGGAUGGGAUUUUAGUUCUCGAUGGAUGGAAGACGAAAAUGAUUUAUCAACAAUUCAAACAACUAAUUUUAUUCCUGUUGAUCUUAAUUGUUUAUUAUAUCAUUUAGAAUUAAGUUUGGGUAAAAUAACUGAAGCUGAACAUCGUCGUCAAGCUAUACAGAAAUAUAUGUGGUCGAAUGAACUUCAAUUUUUUAUGGAUUAUAAUUUUAUUAAAAAACAACAAUCAAAUUGUUUAACAUUAGCUGGCGUUUUUCCAAUGUGGCUCAAAAUUGCAAACUCGGAUCAAGCGAAACAUAUUGCUAGUCGGAUUGAAUCAUUAUUUUUACGUGACGGUGGUUUAUUAACUACCCUAUCAGAAACAAGUACACAACAAUGGGAUAAUCCGAAUGGAUGGGCUCCACUUCAAUAUGUUGCCUAUUGUGCUUUAAUUCAAACACCAGGUUAUGAAAUACUAGGUCGAACUAUUCGUGAACGAUGGAUGUCUUUAAAUGAACGAAUUUUUAAAGAAACUGGUAAAAUGAUGGAAAAAUAUGAUGUGGUCAAUAUGAAUAAACCGGUUGGUGGUGGAGAAUAUAAAACACAGGAUGGUUUCGGAUGGACUAAUGGUGUUUAUUUAGAAAUGCUUUAUCAAAAGCAAAUAGAAUCGUAA